GCUAAUCAAGUAUGUAUAAUGUGUAAAGGUUCUGAAAUUGAGUCCAUGGAUAUUAAAAAGAGCAUGGACAUGUAGGAGCACCAAUUAUGAGAAAUUACGUGUAAAUGGGAAAAUGGAGUUGCAGCAUGAAGUUAAAUUCUUCAUCACGUUGUACCAUCAUGGCAGAAAAUUCCACAACUAAUUACAAGAAAACUGUGGGAAUCAAUUCCCUGUAUAAAAGUCCAGAAGCUUACAACCAAGCUGUUUUCUUGAUGAAGGUUGGUAAGUUACAAAACAAAUCAUUGGAUAUUCAUAUUAUAUUCUCAUUGCAUUAUUUUCAGGUGUAACUCAU